GCCCAAGCCAGCAGAAAGGAGCUUGUAGGUUUGCAAAUCUCAUACAUGCUUUACACCAUAUCGCCGUUGCUGCUCCCGUUUCUGACUCUUUUUCUGGCAGAUGGUGUCCGGCAUGUCCGGGUGGAGGAAUCCAAGAGUACCGACCCCGUGUGGUGUACGCAGACAAUCACGAUGACAGCCAAGGGAAUCGACGAGGACGGGGAGGAGAUUGAAGAGGUCACCGAAUUAGACCCAGACUUCAUCAAUACCUUUGGAGGCGCGGUGCUUUGGUCUCAGUAUGCAGAUGGAGCUAGGGGAGCUAAACCUACCGUGUACUACUUGGGCUGCGACUUCAUUCAUCAUGUUCCAGCCAUCUACUUUGAGACGGAGGGCAAGCAGGAGCUGAUGAAUGUGAUCAAGUUUGAAACCGGCCACGAGACCUUUACUCUGCAUGUGCCUGAGGGUAACUCCGCGGAGUUUAGCUGGAGGACUCUCAUCAUCGACGUCCUGCAGAAGGGCACCAUCACACUGAGGGACACCACUGGCAUCCUCAGACCACUCAGACCAGCUGGGCCUCCGGAAAUUCCUUCGGGGGUGAGCACCCCGGCGCCCCAGGACGCGCAGGAGCCUCCGACCUUCCAAGCUGUGAAGAGUGGCCUUCGGGCCUUGUCGGCAUUGCUGAAGCCGACCAAAGCAGAGGGAGAGGAAGAUGAAGAGGAUGAGUCUCCGGCAGUUCCGACGGCUUCCAGACAAGAACUCUUGGCAAGACUGCCACAUCGAGGCCAGCGGCUCUGUGAAAACAACGUGGGCGUCAGUGUGGAUGGGAUCGAGAAGUUCACCUCCGAGCAGAUGCGGGAUAUCCAUUCCUACGUGGAGCUGAGCCCCGACGACUACAUGCGCCUAGGUGGCGUCAAAGUCUUCGAGAAGCUCAAGGGGGGCGAGAAGAAGACCUACUGGCUGCGCUGCGACUACGACACUGGGAAGCCCGUGCUGCUGGUGAGGGCGGGGGACAAGUUUGACGCUAGGAUGUUCGAUAUGUUUCACCUUUGGACUCGCAAGUCUACAAUUGGUUCGGGCGAGACCAUGAAGUUCUACGCCGACAUGUCCGUUGCGAACCAGGUCACCUCUGGCAUAGUGACCUUCGUCCUUCUGUAGCGCAGCGAAUCCAAGGGCAAAGAUAGCUUGAGAUGCGCGACGCGUCUCGAAAGGGUUGCCCGAGUUGGCGGGGAACAAGAAGCGGCCACUGUGAGAGUUCUUGC